AUGGAGUACAUGCUGCCGUCGGAAAAAAGUACCCCUAUUGUCAUCCGGAGUGAUAGCGCACCAGCUCAUCGUCAGAAAAGACCCAGCCGUCUAGUCCUAAGCCCACCUUCGAAUAUCUUGAACUCCGAGCUAAAUAUUCAGCUCACGCCACCUGACGAACCUGACGUGCCUGGCAAGAUGAUGGGGCCCGGUCAGCUUACCAUAGAAGAGGAUCCAGAUUCACGUCAGAAGGAGCCUGGAAAUCAUGUCAAGAUGGGGAAUCAAUACUCAUGUCCACGCACUCCAUUGAGAUCGGCCCGCUCCAGCUCAGGCCAGACCCCAACUAUCAAAGGAUGGCGACAUAGCGGAACGGAAACUGAUUCCAGCAUUCAUGCCUCCAGUAUCCCUGAUUUCAUUAAUACUGAUUUCGGACACUCCGCCGAUGAGAUCAAUUCUAUCCUUUCUUUGUCUUUCCCAAGGAGCCCCAAUUCAGAUCGGAAUGGCCAGUCUGGGUCUUUUUCCACGCCAACAACCCUCAGCCCGGAGUCUUGUCCCAGCGAGGCCGGCUCGAUGUACUCAUAUGAUUCGUACGAAGGUAGAAGAGGCAAAGUUCUCGAAGCAUCGCCGGCCUCUGAAACAGCCAUCCUGGCUCCCAGUCCCAUGAUCGCCUCGCCUUCAUGUGCUCAUUCAAACUUCUCCAUCUAUCCUGGUGAAGAUGUCGAAUCCCCAGCGAUUCGACAAAGCUACGACUGCUCCCUGAAACCGAUAUCAGCCCCCCACUCACUAAGAAACAAUCGGAGCCGGACAGCGUCAGUAGCAGUCACACCAUCCCUGGUGACUGAGCCUUCCAAAACCAUUCAAGCCAGGCGUUCAUUUGGUCAACUGUUGUUAUUCCGGCGUCCUUCCCAAAUCAGGGAGGGGGCUUGUGCCUGCGCUCAAAGUUGUGCUUUGCAUGCGCGAGACGAAGAAACGGAAGAGUUGCAAACUUCUGCUGACAGUGAUCUUUCACUUGCGAGCACCAAUUUGUACUUGGGUGACCACCUAGGAGGUAGAAAUCCACUGAACGGGUUCAAGCCCCCAGACAAUAUCAACUCUUGGAAUCAGUUCGCAAAGGACAAUGGUCAACCAGCGUCGGACACUCUAGCAAGAUCCUCUCUCUCCACUAGUUUGCCAAAGCCCCGCGAGACAUUUUCCACCCAACAUCCCAGUCAGACCACAGGAUCCGGUGCAAUCUCAAAUCGUCCUAGAGGUCUACUGAAAUUGGUAAAAAGUCAAUCGAGCUUGCGAGAAACGUUUUUUGGCCCCAAACGAAAUGAAAGAAGCCUGAGUGUACAGUUUGAUCAACCCGCAAGCAAUAAUUCGUAUUUUUCUCAGGAGUUGAGCUCAACGACAAAAAUGGCGUCUCCUUCCAGCAAUCAGUUUUCUUCCAGUGAUACAAGAAACUCUGAACACGGCUCGCGAAAUUCGUUUUCAACUUUUCAGCUCGUAAACCUCAUCCAAACCGAUCCCAAAAUCGAAGCUCCAUCAGAAGGAAAAGACAGUCAUCAUUCAAAGCCUGGAAACAUCCGUCGAUCAGGCUCAUUGAAUAUCUUCAAGUUCUGGAAGAAGAAGAAGAAUGCUGACCCAGUCAAACCAAAUUCACGCAAGGCGGAACCUGUCGAACAAAACUCCAAAAAGAAAGAUUCGAAAAAGAGUGGACGGCCCUCUUUGAGGAUCGAACAAAUUUCAUCGCCAAUAUCUUUCCAAUCACAAGACCCAGGAAAUCAUAACCUCCGCCUUGACACACGUCCCUUGUUGUUGAGUCCAAAAUUUAAGGAUAAUGAUCCAAAGUUCUCCUACUUCGCACCUAGUAGUGAAAAACAAAUUUCACUCGGCUCUUUGCCUGAACCAGAUGCUUCCAUCAACCCGCCUUCCUCCUCCAGCGUGGGCAACGACCCUCGUUACUUUGGCGAAGUAUUACCGCAGGCCACUUCAUCAAAUCUACGCAACUCCAACAGGUUAUCCAGGCUGCAAAUCUUGCGAAACCUACACGACCCCCAAGGAGAAGACCCGUGA